AUGCUUUCUCCUAACUUUGCGUCCGCGCUGGCUCAGCGCAUGCGUUCACUACGCCCGACCCCGCCUAGUGAACAGAUUAGAGAUGUGCAAAUGCACAGCGGACUCUCUACCUGCACUCACGUCUUCCUCCGCACCGACGCAGUGCGGCGCCCUCUCCAGCCUACCUACACUGGCCCUUUCAGAGUUCUGCAACGGACUCCGAAACACUUUACUUUAGACCAGAAUGGUCACCGAACAACGGUGUCCAUCGACCGCCUCAAAGUGGCAUUCUUUGACGAGCCACUUGCAGCCCAUCCUGGCGCUCUCGCACAAGCACCCGCACCUGUGGUGACUUCCCGAGCGCUGGAUAACUUGGAACCCUCCGUACCCCUUGACCCGCAACCUAUCCCGCCUCAGCCCCAGGCAACCGAUCGACGCGGUAGACAGGUCAAAUGUCCGAAACUCAACCGCCGGAACUGCCCAGGCAACCCCCGAGUGACUCGCCAACCGGCUCAACGCAACCCUGGAGUGACUCGCCAGCCGUCCUCACCCAAGGAACAGACGCCCACGAACGAAUUGGCCCCCAAACGCCGCUUAGGCAUUGCCGACGAGGACGCCGGAUUUCUUCGUGGGACGAGGACCGUGGACUAA